ACGCGUAGCUACAAUUAAGUCGUUACACCGGUACCGAACUCUUGCUGUAUUUACAUCAGGCGAAAACUACAAAAUGUAUUGACCCGAAACCAGACCGAUGUUGAAAUGAAUGAAAAAUUUUGCGAAAUCGCGAUUAAUAUUGAAUCGAUUUUAAAAUUCACUCUGUUGACCUGUUGAUUGAAUAUUCGUAUAUAUAUAUAUAUAUAUAUCACUUAUCUUUUUUUAUUUGUUGCUCGCGGAAUGCAGGACACGUGAAUGAAUAAAGAAUAAACUGCGAUCAGAAGACUGCUCUUUUUUCAACACCCAAUUUUUUGCAUAACUUCAGGAUUUCCACGUAAAAGACACAAUAACCACACUGAUUUAGAAACGGCUAACUUUUAUCACAGCGAAAAACAUUUUACGAUUAUUUUGUUAUGAACCAGCGCGCUGCCACGAUAAAAACGGAAAAUAAUUUUGUGUUGAUGAAAACCAACUUCCAUUUUACCAGCAACAUUAUACCGACUAAUUUUACCGAGCGAUAUUAUACCGACCGAAUACUUUUCGAGUACCCUAUAAGCCUAAAAAGAUGGCGCCACUAAGUUCUAGACACGCCUCGAUUUCUCCCAUCCUGUGACUCUGCGACGUUGGCAAUCCGUGCUGAACAAAAAAUGAAUUCAUAAGUCCCACUCACCACUCACAACGAUCAGUAAGCAAAAUGGCGUUAAUCAUGUCGGUUCUGUCCGUUGUGUUUUCGGUGCUUCUAACGCCGUUUCUAAUGUUUCUACUUGCCAUUAUAUUUCUCGCGUCAAUCGGUAAAUCUCUCGGUAUACGAAAGUUUUACAUUAAACUACUUCUGACUCUCUUCGAGUAUGGCCGACAAAACAUCGAGAGUGUCAGGAAGAAAAAUGGUACGUGGGAACAAGAGGAAAACGAGAGCGAGGACGAAGGAGGUGGGCCACCGAGCGGAAUUACGGAUAAUCACAAUACCAAACAUUUGGACAAUAAGAAAACGAAGACACAGAAUGGCAGCGUCGGUAAUUCUGUAAUUGCAAGGUCGAAAGAUCUCAUUUUACUGCCGGAUCCGGACGCUCUGCCCAAUCACAAAAACAACUCGGAAAACUCGACUGAAGGAGCUGAUUUGCCGGUGGUCGUAGAUAACGAAAACGAGAAUAGCUCUGGCGAGCGUGAUUCCACGGUGACUAUCAAAGGAGAAUUCGAUCCUGCAGUUUGUAUGGACUAUAUUAAAGCGGGUGUCGAAGCGAUAAUAGAGGACGAGGUCACAUCGAGAUUCGAGGCUGAAGAACUCAAGAACUGGAAUCUGUUGACAAGAACUAAUAGACGAUACGAAUUCAUCUCCUGGAAAUUGACUGUUAUAUGGAUGUUUGGGUUCUUCAUGAGAUAUUUCUUUCUUCUACCAUUGAGAAUAUUCAUUUGUUUCGUUGGAGUAAUGUACCUUCUUAUCGGCACGUUCUUCAUCGGUUUCUUGCCGAAUAAUUCCGUCAAAAGGUGGCUGUACGACUACAUAUACAAAACUGCAUUCAGGAUAAUGUCCAGAUCACUGUCUAGCAAUAUUACUAUUCACAAUCCAGAACAUAAGCCAAAAUAUGGAGGAUUGUGUACUGCAAAUCACACGUCAACGAUCGACGUUUGCAUUCUUUCGACGGAAACGACGUUUUCAUUGAUCGGCCAACGACAUGGCGGAUUUUUGGGAAUUCUGCAAAGAGCUCUCGCUCGCGCUUCGCCCCACAUAUGGUUCGAGCGAUUCGAAGCCAAGGACCGUGAAGCCGUCACUAAAAGACUCAAAAAACACGUCUCGGAUCCAACAAAUCCACCGAUCCUUAUAUUCCCGGAAGGCACUUGCAUCAAUAAUACGUCUGUUAUGCAGUUCAAGAAAGGCAGCUUCGAAGUUGGAGGAGUCAUUUAUCCUGUAGCAAUAAAGUACGAUCCAAGAUUCGGUGAUGCAUUUUGGAACAGCAGUCGUUUCACGAUGAUACAGUAUCUAUACAUGAUGAUGUCAAGCUGGGCGAUCGUAUGUGACGUUUGGUAUCUUCCACCAAUGUACAGGAAAGAGGGCGAGAGUGCCAUAGACUUUGCAAACAGAGUGAAAUCUGUUAUUGCAAGGCAAGGCGGUCUCGUGGAUCUGCAGUGGGACGGUCAACUGAAGAGGAUGAAACCAAAGAAGGAAUGGAGGGAAAAACAGCAGGAAGAGUUUAGUAAACGAUUGAAAGUCGAAUAAUUUAUUUUCUAGUCAUAAAUACGGAUAAACAAUCGCCAUUUUCGCGAGUAUGUAAUCGAUGUCAAUCCGAGCGUGUGUCUGACGCGAAAAUUUGAAUUCUCAUCGUUAUCCGGUAAAAAGGGAAAUACCGAAGCGCGAAUACCUGAAUCCCACGACUUUUCACCUUCAUUCAGAUUCGAUUCUUUUUUUCUUCUGAGUUGUGAGGAUAGCAAUGAUUCGAGUGACUUUUCCCGCGGUUUAAAUUUCCGAGAACAAUUAAUGGCCUACGAAUCAACUCCGUAUGAGUAUGCAGAUUUUUAUAUUUCGUAAAAGCUCAGUGAAAAUUCAAUUUUUUCGUCACAUUCACAUCAAUUAAGUCAAUAUUUUAGGAUCGAUAAGAAAAAAUUUGAGAAUUUUUUCAUUCGAAAGCACAAAUAUUCACACAGUGGAACGAAAAAGUCGGUGUUUAACGCAUCGAAGUAUCCAAUUUUCUUAAAUUUUCAAGAAGCACAUGAAAAUGGAACAAAUCUAUACAAAUAUAGGCCAUUCCACAUCGACAUCGAAUUUCUUGACAAAUUUUCAUUUGAAAAAUUUGUCCAAAUUCCAUCUGCAGCCUGAAUUUGACACAUAGAUGUGAUUAGCCUAAUUUUCUAAGUAUAUUAAUGUUAAUUUAUUUAUCAAUCCCAAAGGUUUUGACCAUUAGCGAAAAUACAGUCGAAAAAUCUUCUUCAUUGGUUUCAAACUCUUCAAUUAAAUUUCUUUGCGUAAAAUCAUUUUGUUCACAAGGUUUUUGAAGUACGAUUAUAUACGAUUCAUAUACGAUAAUAUAUGGGAUAGCAAUCGAAGAUUUUGACAAUGAGAAUUUCUGAUGAAAAUAUUUCAAAUACUCUUUUUGAUGAAUAUACAUGGUUGAGAAGAAAAAAACUCAAAUCUGCAAAUUUCGACCAAAAUUGACAGUUACCAUAAUCAUCACCGACUUUUUCUUUUCUAUUUUCGUUUCGAGUAGAUAUAAAUACGCUCCUAUCGAAAAUUCAUGGAGAUUCCGUAAAUGUAUUAGUCUUAAGUAGUAAAAAAAAUGCCGCGUUACUUUCAUACUUCAAUGAAAACCCAUGUACAGUAGAAAGUGUAAAGAGAUUGAUAUUACAAUGUAAUCGCAGAAUCGUGUCGUGUAAAACUCAAAAGUGUCAUGGAUAUUUUUCACGUAGUCGUAUUGAACAGGACUGUUGUAUAUUUCGUUGCAUCGACGAGUGCAAAAUAAUGAAAAUUGAAGAAAAAGUAACGAAGCGAUUAAGUUUAGCUAAGGACGCUGGAGGGGGGAGGAGGUAAAAUGGGGCAAAAAAGAACAAAUGCAUUCAUCACAGCUUUGAGGCAUUAGGUUUGGUUAUCGUAAAGCCAAGAAUUUACCUAAAAUAUUUUUAAUACUUUUAUAUUUACCACCAUUAAAGAAUGACGAUACAGAACAAAAAAAUCGUAAACCGUCAACCCAAAGCAUUAUCUUUAUCUAUAUCGAUUUUUUACUCGAGUAAAAAGGAAAUGUAAAGUUCACGGAAAGUAGUGAGUUGAAUAAGCAUAGGGGAUAGCGUAUAGGCUCAUUGAUACAAAAAAGUGACAAAGAAUUGCAAACUCGUAUCGAAAAUGUCGAAAGGCAUUUUUUAGUUUGUUCACAUACCAGAGUAAGUGUUUCUCUCAUCCGUUGUAUCUUCGUUUCCUUGUCUUUCGAUUUUUGCACCAAGUAUUUGUAAAUAACUUGAGGGUGAUGUGACGUGUGUAUCUUAGAAUUAACUAUGAACGAGUGUAUUACUUGCGUUUGCAAACACGAAUUUUUUGGGUUUGUUUAAGAAUGCUUUACACGUAUGUUCCCAGCAGAAAAUUUCAAAGAAACUUGGCCGAUCUUCGAGCCGUUGUGAAUAUCGAUUCUCCAUAAUUACAAUGCCAAAAAAUUGUUAAGUUAUUUUACUAAAUAAUGAGGCAGUUUACCUUCUCUAAAAAGGUGCCAAACCAUCGUACUCACAGUCAAUCGUAACACCAAAUAAAUUGAAAACCGAGCAAAACUGUUCUAUUCGGAAAACUCUAGCCAAAAUAAUGUUACACGAGAAGAAAGUAUUGCUUGGAUUUUUAAAAAAUGCUUGUACAAAAUUCAGCUCUACCCAAAAUCAAUAUUCCAAACAUUUCGAAGAUGCUUAAGUGUUCUUUAUUUUCCAUUAAAUCACUGCGUGUUGAAAUGCCAACCAAAUAAAAUUGUUCGCUGGAGAACAUGUGUGAAAUAGCCUUAUCGCGCAUCUUAUCUUCAUAUUAAUUGUAAUGGCGAAAUGAGAAAAAAAAUACAGAAAUACCAACGAGAUUUAGAAGUAAAUAAUACUCGGUGCCUGUUAUCUUGUUUUUUGUUACCGAGGUUGGGCUGCGCCAAGUAUAUUUUUAUAAUAUCUAUAUGUAUCGUAAACAAAAAAAUACGAGGAAUGAGAAAGAAAAGAGAAAAGUGUCAUGUACCUGCAUCGCUUGAACAACCGAUAAACGCGAACAAAAGCUCGUCCCACCUGCAUUUUCUUUAUUACUUUUUUUUUCUGUGGGGAAUGCAUGGCUCAUUCAUAAUACGAGCAUUCUUAUUUCAAGCUAACGCGUCUGUGAUUUGAUACAAGAAAAGUCAGUAAGUUUUCACGACUUAAUCUGGACUCAGUCACUUUGUAACAAACCACAGACUAAUUCUUAUACGUGUAAGAAAAUGUACUAGUCAUACGUGCUACAACGUGGAAGGGUUUUCGCCCAAUUUAUAGCCCCGAAUAUUUUCUCUCCCGGCGAUGUUUUUCACGCUUUGGCGAAGUGGGCAUUGUACUUGACAUUUUUUUGUUUUUUCCCUAGUGCGAUUACUCGUGCUCACAUGAACUGAAAUACUAUGUAUAAACAAUUAUUAUUGCAAAAUUAUUACUUCUUGUAUAUUCGACGUUCUGUAUUUUGGCCACGUGUUUCUUUUCUAAUGUACCUUAUUUGUUUAUUUAACAAUCACGCAUGCCAUCUGCGUUUCUACCCGGAACGUUUUGUUAUGUAUAAUGAAUGAUAAAAUAAAAUGUCAAAUGUAAUUGUUAAUGUA